ACUAGACGAGUGUUUGAAUUGGGUGCCCCGAAAGUAGGGAAAUAAUUGAAAAUGAAGAAAAAGCUCCAAGUUGGUAUGCUUUCCAUUGUCAUCAAGCAAUAAGCAUCCACAUCUUACAUCUAGCUAGCAAGCUGAGCUCUCUGUGCCUCUCAUCUUCUCUUCUCUUUUCAUCUCUUUCCACUCCAAGUCAUGGGUUCUUCCUCUAGUCGACUUGGGUCUCGCCCUUCUUCGUCUUCUAGUCACAGUCACAGGGUCAACCGCUUCAGAUUAUCGUCUCUUCUAUGUGGCACCUCCACCUCUCGCUCCGUUCAUCAGAUGGAAGAACUUUCAGCUGAACUUCGGGUUGAUUCAGCAAGGGAUUUUGAUGGUGAAAUUCAGAAAGACACUGAGGAAUCGUCUUUAUCAUAUACAGAAGCUAGAAUUAGCUCCAGUCGCCCUGCUGAAACUGCAACCCUAUCUGAUAUGAGAACUGAGUUCCAUGGGAAUACUAGUGUUGAAGGUUCUUCUAGAAACGUUGCAACAAAUAGUCAGAGGAACUGCUUGUCUGAACAUGAGGAGCUUGUCCCUCCUUAUCAGGUAAGUGCUGGUCAUACUGGUCAUGAAUCAUAUAGUGAUAGUAGCAACACAGCUAGUACUUCAUUUGUAGAACAGCAGUCUUCAGAUCCAGUCUCUGUAAAUGUUUCUGCUAACAAGGAUUUAGUCAAUGAUGUUAAUAAUCCAGUGGUUAGUGAUGUCUCUCAAGUUUCUCAUGAGACAAUGCGUCCAAGAAGUUCAACCCCUCAAGAGCAUGGGAAUUUUGGUUCUGGUGAAAUUUCUGUUGAGAAUCACACUAGUGCAUUCAUAUCUAUUCAGAAUUCUUCCAGCCCUGUUGCUCAAGUUUCCAACUUAGCAGCAACCUCUCAAUUGCCAGAAGAUGAACCUCGUCGUGAGACAAUACCUUCGGGUUUAGGUAUUCUUGUGUCCAAUCGGGAAAGAGGGCCGGGAAAUGAUAGUGUGCUUCAAGUUGAUGUGGUCACUAUAUCUUCCAACAUUUUGUCUGGUAGCAGUGCUGAUGCCAAUGAUAAUGAUGCCAGAAGGAAUGGUAGAAGAUUAUUUUGGGAUGCUUUUUCACGACGUAGUUCUAGAAGGCUUGGUGAUUCUCCAACCAUUGUCUUCUCUGCUGGGGGUGCUGAUGAUUCUGGAUCUCAAGAUCGAUGGCUAGUUGAUUUUGGUGGUGAUUUGUCAAAUGAUGGGGUUGGAGGUGCUUCCGGAUAUACGGGUAGUAGAAUUCACAGAUUGAAUGAACGAAGAAUGCAACACUCAAGAUCUGAGAUCUGGGAAAGGCUUCGUGGUGGCUUUGAUGAGAUUGGUCGGUGGAAUUCAUGUCCACUAGGACUCCAUGCAGAUGGCAUGUGCUCAUGUGAGUCUUCCCCAAUGGCUGAGGAAUCUAGCACUCAAGCAAGUAUUUCAAGAAUCAUCAUGCUGGCUGAGGCUUUGUUUGAGGUUUUAGAUGAAAUUCAUCGACAACCUGGAUCACUGUCUCUAUCCAUGGUAUCUCUCCCUGCACCUGAAUCAGUUGUUGAUUCACUCCCUCUGAAAUCUCACAAAAAGGUUGAUGUAGCUCAUGGAGGCAAUGAUGCUGAACAAUGUUACAUAUGUCUGGCGGAUUAUGAAGAAGGGGACCAAAUAAGAGUUCUUCCUUGCUUCCACGAGUAUCACAUGUCAUGUGUCGAUAAAUGGCUUAAAGAAAUACAUGGUGUAUGUCCUCUGUGUCGCGGCAAUGUCUGUGGAGGGUUCACAGAGUCUUCUGCCAACUCAGAAGUGCAGUCUCAUUGACAUUGUACAUAGAAUGUAAAUAUUAAAAUUUAGACUAAGCUUCCAUUUGGGUCCUCUGAAGAUACACUUGACAUCAAAUUGGUCUUUCAAAUAUGUGUCAUGAAAAUGGUUCAAGCUAUUGUCACAUACCAACUUGAUCAAAAGACUGUUUUGAUGUCACCAAAAUUCUUUGAAGGACUAAUUUGACAUCCGUACCGUACAUCACAGAUCUUUAAGAGACUAAAUUGAUAUGAAGUGUAUCUUUGAAUUGCCAAAAAUGAUGGUCUCAAAUAUAUUCGACCCACGACAAUGAUAUGCAUAUAACAGCUAUUUAGAGUCCGGUGUACAAAGUGAGAUUUUGUAUCCGAAAUUUAUGAUGCUUCUGUAGUCCUAUUUCCUAGCACAAAUAUGGGAUAAAUAUUCAUUUUAGUCCUGAAUGUUAAAGCUUGGUCCCUAAUAAUA